ACCAUGACAGGGAUCGAACGAAUGAGAUUCGUUUAUGGGUUAAAGAGAAAUUGCAUUUAAAUGAGGUGACUUGCUAAAAUAAAUAAAUAAAUAAAUAUUUGUUUUUAAAAAGCAGAGGGAAGAAAAAAAUACGGAAAAAAAAAAUCCUGUCGAAAGUGGUGCUCGAAUAGACCAGGCCGUCGUGAAGGCACCGUGACAGACAUCGAACAAAUUCGCAUCGUUUACGGGUUUGAGCAAAACUGGCUUUAAGUAAAGUUACAUGAUAUAGAUUUUUGAAAAGAUAUAUCAUGAAGAAGAAGAAGACAUCUUUUAUUGUCAUGAAAAAAAAGUCCAAAACAAUACGGAAAAUGUAUCCUGUCGAACGUGGUUCUCUUGAAGGUACCUUGACGACCAUCGAACCGUUUAUUGGUUGAAGCAAAACUUGAAACAUUUAAAUCAAGUGAUACGCCAAAAUAAACGAACUAUAACUUACGUAAUGUUAUGUAUGCGUUCGCCAAGAAGAGCCACCCAACUCCAAAACUACAACGGUGGAAAAUGGCUACUUUUUUGUAUGAGGUGCCCAGAUUGACAAUGCUUUCCUGAAGGCACCACGAUGGGAGUUCAGGGGCUGUCGGAUUUUCCCCCCUCCUCUCUCUCUCUCUCUCUCUCGCUCGCUCGUUGGUUCGCCAUGUGUGCCGACUGGCGUCCGUCAGCGGGAAGGCAGCAGAGGCGAAGAGGAGGGGAGGAAAAGUGUGUUUACACAGACGCCAGAGCGCCUGGGGAAUCGUCGGCGAGAGGAAGUGAGCCGCCGGCUCUGCGUCUGCCUGCUCCGUCCGACUUCCUGCUCGGAGAAAGAAAAAGCACAGGAUCCGAUUUCAGGCCGAGCACAAGCCGCGUAGCAAGCAUGGAAAAACAAGCACUUUCUCCGGCGGCGACGGCGACGGAGGCGGCGUCGCGCUAAAGUUCCUCGGCGGGGAAGAAAGGCCACGGAAGUGAUCGCAGCUAUGGACAGCGCCAUCACCCUGUGGCAGUUCCUGCUGCAGCUGCUGCUGGACCAGAGCCACAAGCACCUCAUCUGCUGGACGUCCACGGACGGAGAGUUCAAGCUGCUCAAGUCCGAGGAGGUGGCCAAGCUGUGGGGGCUGCGCAAGAACAAGACCAACAUGAACUACGACAAACUCAGCCGGGCCCUGCGAUACUACUACGACAAGAACAUCAUCAAGAAGGUGAUCGGCCAGAAGUUCGUCUACAAGUUUGUCUCCUUCCCCGAGAUCCUCAAGAUGGACCCCCAGAUGGUGGAGAUGGGCUUAGCUUCCGGAAGGUUCCCCCCACUCCAGGAAGGUGAGGCCCCCGCGCCGGACGUGGACGAGGAGGACACGGAGGCGGAGGAAGAGGCCGAGGAGUCCCUGCGGAGGGCGCGCGCGGUCGCCCUGGGAGCGCAGCAGAGCCGGAACGACUACCUGCGCUCGGGUCUGUACUCGUCCUUCAGCGUGGCCUCGCUCCAGAACCAGCCCGAGCUGCUCAGAGUUCUUCGGGAGGAGCCGCGGUCCGUCAUCCGCUUCGGCGCCAACGACGCCAAAGCAGAGGCCUACGUCUCCCCCGGGCCGCCCGCCCGAAGCCGGAGCAACGAGGAUGGAGACGAGGGGGAGGAGCGGGAGGGGGACUUCUCGGAGCAGAGCGCCCAGCCCCUCAACCUCUCGUCCGGGCACAGGGAGCGGGCCCUGCGGCCUCCUCCCGAAAAGAGGAGCGGCGGCGGAGGAAGAAGCUCCGCCUCCUCCUCGUCUUCCUCGUCGUCCAGUAGUUGUAGUCGAGGAGACGGACUCCCGGCCAGAAGCAAAAAGCCCAAAGCUCUGGACAUCUCGGCCCCGUCCCUGCUGCUGGCGGGCAGCGACAUCGGCUCCAUCGCGCUCAACAGCCCGGCGCUGCCGUCCGGCUCGCUCACCACCGCCUUCUUCGCGGCGCAGACUCCCUCCGGUCUGCUGCUGGCGCACAGUCCGCUCUUGUCCGGCAUCCACUUGUGGAGCAGCCUCAGCCCCGUGGCCCCGCUCAGCCCCGCCCGGCGGCAGGGCCACGCCUCCUUGUUCCAGUUCCCCAGCCUAAUCAACGGACACAUGCCUGUCCCCCUGCCAAGCCUGGAAGGAACCCCCUCCUCCUCCUCCGGUACCCACAAAUCCUGAUUCCGAGAGGGACGUCGCCCCGUCUUCAUCCUGGUCAACAUCCUUUUGCGACAGUUUUGUGACCUCAUUUGUGUUUUGUCUUGGGGUUUUUUUGCACUUGGGUUGCUUGAGGCUACAGUGGUGAAAGCACUCAGUUUAAAAAAACAAAAAAAACAAAAAAAAAGCCAUAUCGCUAGCUGCUCGACUCGAGCUAGAAGCUUGUUCAUAACUUGUCCCUCCUUUUACUUGUGGCUUUUGUAUUGUAUGUAACAUAUGCACUACGCUUCUCAGAUAGUACCGGCUGUGCCUUCAUUUUGUGUCCUACCAUCCCAACUUCCCCUUAAAGACAAGAUUUUCAAAUUAAUGAAAAGCCUUUUUUGUUUUUUGUUUUUAGAACUCUCUCUUUUUUUUAUACUGGAUGUGGUAUACAGUGUGUAUUCUGUAUAAUUUUGUAUUGUGAAGAUUGUCAUCCAUUUUCAAUAAACUAAGCAUUGAAUGCUUGAA